AUGUCUGUAAUUUCGACUCCUAUUACACAGCUCUUCGGGAUCAAGCACCCCAUUCUUCUUGCUGGUAUGAAUGUUGCUGCUGGUCCUGAACUGGCGGCCGCAGUCACCAAUGCUGGCGGCUUGGGGGUCAUUGGAGGGCACGGGUACACGCCGAAAGUGCUUCGGCAGCAGAUUCAAGCCAUUAAAAAGGAUUUGAAGGAUAAAAAUGCUCCAUUUGGCGUCGACUUGCUCAUCCCCCAAGUCGGAGGAAAUGCGCGCAAGACCAACUACGAUUAUAACAAGGGCAAUCUGUCUACGCUGGUUGACAUCAUCAUCGAGGAGAAAGCCAAGUUGUUUGUCUGUGCUGUCGGCGUCCCUCCCAAGGAGGAAGUUCAAAAGCUACACAAGGCCGGCAUCCUUGUUAUGAACAUGGUCGGCCAUCCGAAACACGUUGUCAAAGCGCUUGCCGCUGGGUGCGACCUGAUUUGCGCCCAGGCUGGUGAGGGUGGCGGCCAUACCGGUGACAUUGCCGCAUCUAUCCUGAUCCCCGCGUGCGUUGACGCAGUCAAGGGCCACAAGUCCCCUUUGACUGGUCAGCCCGUCUACGUCAUCGGCGCUGGUGCUGUGUAUGACGGUCGUGGACUUGCGGCGAACCUGAUGUGGGGUGCCCAAGGCGUCUGGGUCGGCACGCGAUUCGUCGCGUCUGUGGAGGCGGGAGCAUCGCCUGCUCACAAAAAGGCAGUGCUGAGCGCGGGACACGGCGACGUGUUGAGGACUAUCAUCUACACCGGCCGGCCGCUGCGAGUACGGCGCACGCCCUAUGUGGAGGACUGGGAGACGAACAGGCAGGCUGAGAUCAAAGAGUUGACGUCGAAGGGUAUCAUCCCGAACGAGCUCGAGAUGGAGAAGCACCCCGAAAAGUCUCUACAGGCCAUUUCUUUCCUCAUGGGCAACGUUGCUUCCCUCAUUCAUGACGUCCUUCCCGCGCAAGAGAUUGUAAACAACAUGGUUAAUGUUGCAGCAGAGCAAAUAUCCCGCGGGGCUUCUUCGAUCACAGUCAAAGCGAAGCUAUGAUCGAUCGUUCACUGGGUAUACUCUCGCGUGUGGGACAAAUUGGACGCAUAUGUUAUGAUUUUUUUGUUGACCUAUUAUAACUUGUAUAGUACUUGCAGGGCUCAUGCAUACUUCUUCCGGAUCCCAAGUCGACGCGUUUUGGCGUGUCUUCUGCCCUCAGUUCAGUGAAUUUCCGCUAGGGGGUUUGGUCGGACAUUUCGUCUCUACUUCAAUAUGAACGCGUUGCAGAAAAAAAA